GAAUGGUCUGGAUGCAGAGCUGGAGGUUCUGUCAAUAGGGGCUCUCACCAGAUGGUGUCCCUCAGGGCCGGGGUGUAGAGCUGUCAGUUGCUGGGGCCUUUAAUUAGGACAAACCUUCCACCCUCCACCUUGGCUGUUUUCCUUCUCUGGAUGCUCCUGGGACCUCCCACUCUCCAUUUUUCCAUGCCUGCGGCCCAAGAGAGCCAGGAAGGGGCAGCAAAGUCAGGUGUCUGGAAAAACAGCCUUACUAGGUGACUUCCUCCCCAAGACUCAGGAGUCCUGGCUCCAAGCUCAUCCUCUGUCAAAAUCCAGGCGCUGGAUUCCCCAAACAGAAGCCGGCUCAGGCCCCCAGACCUAGAAGUCUGGGUCCCGAGGACCCACCGCUCUCAGACUCAGGAGUCCAGGCCUGCUGCUGCUUCUCCCCAAGGACCCAGGAGUUCAGGCCUCCAACCCUUCCCCCCACCACACACAGGACUUAGGGCAGAUGUUCACUGUCUGUGAUUUACAAAUCCUCCUGGGCCUGUGUGGGGGUGGGAGAGAUUGGUGGUUAAUCCACUGACUCUUAAGACUUAAAACCAGAUUUUCUGACCCCCUUUCAUCCUCUCCCAACUGCACCAUGCUGCAGGCAGGGGACCUAGUUGAGUCCCCAACUCCCCCAGAAACUCGCAGUUGAGGCCAUUAGCUUCUCAGUCAACAGAGGUCUGAAUACCCGGUCUCAGAUCCGGAGUCCAAGCCUCUGCCAUUUGGAGACGCAAGAAUCUGAGCUCAGGAACAACAGAGAACCUGAGUGUGGACCCCCAGUCCCUGCAGGCUCAGGAACGUCAGACCGCGAGUCCCAGGCCCCCAGGCCCCACUCGGUGGGCUCAGGGUCCCGCCCACCUGCCCCGCCAGCUGCGCAGCGCACCGGCCCGCCUGCAGCGUGGGAACGCCCCAGCUGGGCGGCAUGCAGCCGUCAGGACAAGCUGCGCGGUUCCCAGCCUCCCCGCCUGGUCCAGCUCGGGCACCGCCGCCGCCCAGCCGUCGCCCAGCAACCACAGUCGCGUGGGAUGAGGGGCUGAGCCGGGACUGCGGGGUCUCGGGAAAGGAGGGGCUGGGGCCUGGAUUCCUGGAUCCUUGGACGUGCUAUGGUUUGCAGCGGUCACAAGGCAGGCAGAGGGAUAUUUUGAGCUGGGGUUUUGAGGCGAGAAGAACUGAAUCCCCUCCUCUUCUCAGGGGUCCCAGUUGCCCCCAGGCACCCGGUGUCCUCUUCCUGACCCGCAGGCCCAGGGGAGCCCUGGGCCCCGCCUCUCCAAGCCGCGGAAACUAGCGAAGCCCCAGGGGCUGCCAUUUAUAGCUCCGUUUCCACUCGGCGAGUUCCCUCCAGGACCCAGGCUGAGCAAGUUUCUUCCACUCUCUCCCCCGCCAUGCCCCCAACAAGCCUGGCAGGGUGCAGGUGUCCAACCCAGCCGGUUCGCCCUCCUUCGACCCAGGUGUUCCGGCUCCCAGACCCCAACUUGGCUGGGGCGCCCGCCCGCGGGAGACCCCGCCCUGCGGUGCCCCCAUUCAUCCACGUCUCGGCCGCGGGAGUUACUCAAUGGGAAGGGGCGGGUCUCCCAGGGGGCGGGGCGAGUGGGAUCAGGCCCUCCCCGGUCUCUCAGCGCCCGAGGGCGCGGAAACCGCUUGUGUUUCUGAGUGUUGGAGCCUGCGGCUGAGCAGACUUGGGGAACUCCAGGCCAGAAACGGGGUGGCUCCUAGCCUGGGGCGAAGACCCGGGCGCGAAAGGAGCCCCGACCAGGGUGGUGAGAGGUGUGCCGUUGAGGACGGGCUUAGCAAGGAAGCCAGUGCAACAGCAAGUCUACGGGAUCUUGGGGGACACACAUUCAGAAUGCUGGUUCCCACCCUCCUCGUCCUCCUCUUCUGCCUCCGAGGGAAUGCAGGUCUAUCGCCCCAUUUCCUGCAACAACCAGAUGACCUUGUGGCACUGCUGGGGGAUGAGGCCCGGCUGCCCUGUGCCCUGGGUGAAUACUGGGGGCUGGUUCAGUGGACUAAGGAUGGACUGGCUCUAGGGGGUGAAAGGGACCUGCCAGGGUGGUCCCGGUACUGGAUAUCAGGGAAUGCAGCCAGUGGCCAGCACGAUCUUUACAUUAGGCCCGUGGAGCUAGAGGAUCAAGCUUCAUAUGAAUGUCAGGCUACACAAGCAGGCCUCCGCUCUCGACCAGCCCAACUGCUUGUGUUGGUGCCCCCAAAAGCCCCCCAGGUGCUGGGUGGCCCCUUUGUGUCUCUGGUGGCUGGUGUUCCUGCGAAUCUGACCUGUCGGAGCCGUGGGGAUGCCCGCCCCACCCCUGAGCUGCUGUGGUUCCGAGAUGGGAUCCGGCUGGAUGGGACCACCUUCCACCAGACCCUGCUGAAGGAAGGAACCACUGGAUCAGUGGAGAGCAUCUUAUCCUUGACUCCUUCCAGUCAUGAUGAUGGAGCCACCUUGGUCUGUCGGGCCCGGAGCCAGGCCCUGCCGUCGGGGAAGGAUACAGCUAUCACACUGAGCUUGCAGUACCCCCCUGUGGUGACUCUGUCUGCAGAACCACAGACUGUGCUGGAGGGAGAGAAGGUCACUUUUCUGUGCCAGGCCACAGCACAACCUCCUGUCACUGGCUAUAGGUGGGCAAAGGGAGGCUCCCCGGUGCUCGGGGCCCGCGGGCCAAUGUUGGAGGUCGUGGCAGACUCCUCAUUCCUGACUGAGCCGGUGUCCUGCGAGGUCAGCAACGCUGUGGGUAGCGCCAACCGCAGCACCGCGCUGGACGUGCAGUUCGGGCCAAUUCUGCAGGCAAGGCCAGAGCCCAUGUCAGUAGACGUAGGGGAAGACGCUUCCUUCAGCUGUGCCUGGCGCGGGAACCCGCUCCCACGGGUAACUUGGACCCGCAGCGGGGACACGCAGGUGCUGAGCUCCGGGCCCACGCUGCGUCUUCCGUCGGUGGGGCCCGAGGAUGCAGGCGACUACGUGUGCAGAGCUGAGCCGGGGCUCUCAGGCCUGGGGGGCGGCGCUGCGGAGGCUAGGUUGACUGUGAACGCUCCCCCAGUUGUGACCGCCCUGCAUUCUGCGCCCGCCUUCUUGAGGGGCCCCGCCCGCCUCCAGUGUCUAGUCUUCGCAUCCCCAGCCCCAGAUGCCGUGGUCUGGUCUUGGGAUGGGGGCUUUCUCGCAGCGGGGUCUCAGGGCCGGUUCUUGGUGGAGACGUUCCCAGCCCCAGAGGGCCGCCAGGAACAGGGCCCAGCCCUGAUCUCUGUGCUACACAUCUCGGGGACCCAGGAAUCCGACUUUAGCCGGGGUUUCAACUGCAGUGCCAGGAACCGGUUGGGUGAGGGAGGCACCCAGGUCAGCCUGGGCCGUCGAGACUUGCUGCCCACUGUGCGGAUUGCGGCUGGAGUGGCCGCUGCAGCCAUGACUCUUCUUAUGGUCAUCGUUGGGGUGACCCUCUGCUGCUGGCGCCAUGGCAAGGCCUCUUUCUCCAAGCAAAAGAACCUGGUGCGAAUCCCAGGCAGCAGAGAUGGCUCCAGUUCUCGGGGCCCCGAGGAGGAGACAGGCAGCGGCGAGGACCGGGGCCCCAUUGUGCACACGGACCACAGUGACCUCGUUCUGGAUGAGGAGGGGGCUCUGGAGACCAAGGAUCCAACCAAUGGUUACUACAAGGUCCGAGGAGUCAGUGUGAGCCUGAGUCUUGGUGAAGGCCCUGGAGGAGGCCUCUUCCUGCCGCCCCCCUCCCCCCUUGGACCUCCAGGGACCCCUACCUUCUAUGACUUCAACCCACACCUAGGCAUGGUCCCCCCCUGCAGACUGUAUAGAGCUCGGGCAGGUUAUCUCACCACACCCCACCCUCGAGCUUUUACCAGCUACAGCAAACCUACAUCCACUGGACCCCCAGAUCUGGCCCCCAGGACUCCACCCUUCCCAUAUGCUGCCUUCCCCAUACCCAGCCACCCGCGUCUCCAGACUCAUGUAUGACACCUCUCCAAAUGAAGAGUCCUGGAAUCUUCGACGCCAUAAUGGAUUGUGCUGAUUUCUGAGGAAUCAGAACAAGUUGGUGACCUUCCUCCUCCAAAACUGAACAUUGAUGGGAGAGAGAGAUCAUUACAGUUAUCUGGAUCACUGGUGUACAGUGAGGUCAGCCAAAGGGGUUGCCCCAAGUGGGAGCAAGAUGGCCAUUUGACCAAUUAUUCCCCUGUGUAAAAGGGAUUCAAGAUGGCAGAUGGGCUCUUUGUUGAGGGAUGGGGACAGGGGGUGAUAGGAGUUAGGGGCAGGGAUGGAAGUUAUUUCCAGACAUUGAAAGAAGAGAUUUCAAAAUGAUCACCUGUACUAAGAAGACAGGCAACAUAGGACAGAUUUAUAGGGAAGCCAGACCAGGUCCUGUCCUGGUUCUCCCUGAGGGGCACUUUUCUUGGCCAAUGGAAGUACAGCCAGAUGGCUGUUCACUCUCUGGGAACCCAAGAUGGCCACUAUCCUGAUUCCUUCCAACUUCCUUCGAGGCCCUGGAAGAAUUGAAUCCAAGGAGUGAGGAUAGGGUGAGAAAUGUCAUGAGGAGAGGGGAGUAGAGUGGGGAGGGUGGGGGUGGGGAUCUGGAGAUGAGAAUAUUUAUGUUUAAUAAUAAAAAAAAAAGUUGAGAAGUGAAUGUGUCUUGGGCAUUCUCCUAGCAUUAUCACCCUCCACAAGGAAGGGGUCCAUUAAAUCUGCCCCAAGUUCCUUCCUCUACCCUAGGCAAUGAAGUGGCUCUGGAACAAAACCAUGAGCCACCUCCCAGCCCUUUGCUACCCAUUUAGCACUCCAGGCUCUUUUGAUAUACAUCUACACAAACAUGCAUGCACAGAUGCACAUGCAUGACAGGGCUACUCCAGUUGGCUUGGGGAAGACAGAAUUCUGGUUAUUUGAGGAGACAAAGCAGUGAGCCCUGAAGAGGAGGGGAGGGAGAAGCUAGAGGGGCUAGAGAGAAUAGAAGUGCUGUGGUCCUUAAAGCGAGGAUGGGUUGAGUCCUGUGGUGCUGGGCACCUGACUCAGGUCAUCCUUAAAGAAAGGGCCUGGAGGCUUUGGUUUAUGAAUCCUUGAGAUAGGAAUUAAAGGUCCAGACACCUGGGAUCCUUGGAAAGCAGAGCGGAAGGCCAAGACUCCUGAGUCUUAGGGAGAAAGGGCAGGGGCUUGGUCUCUGGUCCUGAAAAUGAAGGUGCCUGCAGCCCGGACUCCUGAAUCUGAGGGAGAAGGGGACUGGGUCUCAGCAGCUGUGUCCUUGAUUAGGGAAAUUUCGGGGGCCUGUAUUCCUGGGACCUCAAGAGAGGAAUUUGCCGAGGGGAGAGGUCUCCAAUGCCGGC